AUGGCCCGCUCGGCGCUGCGUAACCCCGAGGAGGUCACCAGCAAGGCGCCGACUCCGUCCGCCAUCAGCGACACCGCCACCGUCGUCCUCUUCGACUUUGACGGCACGUUGGGCGACACCGAGACGCCCGCGAUGAUCGUCGCGUUCUGGGAGCUCGCGCCCUACUUCCCCGAAGCGUCCGUGGCGUACCUCUCCGAGGAGUGCAUGCGUACCUACGUGCGCGACAACGCGGGCAAGGCUUUCGAGUUCAUGGUUGACGUCGUCGAGGAAGAUCGCAAGAAAGCGGGGCUGCCGUCCAUCGAGGAAGUCCGCGCCGCCGGCGCCGAGGACCCGCUCGUCCUCGCGCACGUCAACGAGCAACGCGCCAAGAGCGGUCUGCCCACGAUCGAAACCACCCGGGCGCUCGGCAAAGACAUCCUGACGCUGCAAAAGGACGAAACGGUCGAGGCGCUCGCCACGCUCGCCAAGCCGUGCCCCAACGUCCCGGGCGUCCUCGCCGACCUCAAGGCGCUCGGGUACGACUUCAGCAUCGCCACCACCUCGGGCAAACCCAGGGUACCCGUCAGCGUCGUCGCGUGUCAGUACGAGGAAUACUUCCCGCCGGAGAAGAUUCACAGCGGCGAGUCCGACUUUGAACCCCCGCGGUUCAAACCGGAUCCCUCGGUGUACCUCCUCGCCGCGGAGAAGACCGCGGCGCUUCCGGCGAAUUCCGUCGCCGUCGAGGACAGCACGUCCGGGGUGGGCAGCGCGGCGAACGCGAAGAUGGGCCUGAUCGUUGGGUACGUCGGCGGGUCGCACAUCUCCGACGAGAACGAAGACGGCCACGCGGGAACGCUCAUGGCGGGUGAACGAUCGGACGACGGCAGAGGCGCCGACAUCGUGGUUCGGGACAUGCGGGACCUCGUGCCGGUCGUGGAGCACUUCAAGAGCGUGGUCGGGAGCGGGGAGAAGGAAGGUCCGGUGAAGUUUCCCAGGGCUCUGCUGGACGGACUGGUCGACAAGUACUGGGUCGACGAGGCCAGGGUGGUUGCGUAG